AUGAAGUGUUAUUCUGAUAUAAUAUGUAAAUCGGCCUUUUCUUUACUCAGAAACAGAUCAUUCUUCUGUCGAUCCGUUUCUCACAUUAACCUAUCUAGUAACCUGAAAUUUCGCAACAAGCAUACAAAUUAUAUUUCAAGAGCAUUCUAUCAUGACCUUUCUGAUAAUUCAGAUUUACUAUCCAGACCAUUUAACGACAAUGUUUUAAAAUUAACCAAUUAUGAUGAAUAUCAUCGUCACAUAUACAAACCUUUAGAUACUGACACCGUGAAUUUGAAUGAUUUGGUUGUUUCUGUAUUUUUUAACAAACAAAGCACAGCAUCUUUAUCAGUGUUGGAUUCGGUAAAUGAACUAUCGUCAGCCUUCCCUUCAAAUAAGUUUCUAUUGGUUGAUUCUGACAUGGUCCCGAGGUCCGCUUAUGACGCUGAUGUGCAGCAUUUUCCAUCAGCUUUGCUAUCCUACGGAGGUGAUUUGUACAGGGAUUUGGUUUCUGAAGAAUCAGGAUUUAAUCCGAACUUAAGAAGCUAUUACAAUUGGUCGUUUACUCAUUUUGAAAAGGAAAAUCCAGAAAAUAAUGCUUGUGUGUUACCCAUGAAUUUUUACAACUCAGUUGUUAAAGCCAUUAAAAAAUUUAGUUCAUAUAAUGGGAAGAAAGUAUCGUCCAUCAAGUCUAAAGCAGGAACACACUCAUAUACACACGGAAUUGACACAGAUAACUUAAACUUGAAACGAGUUGGAUGGCCAACAGAGCGCAAAACAUUAAAUGAAAAAUCAGUAGAUACUGGAUCACCUCGUAUAAUAGUUAUAAGAAGAGGUAUUGUGAACUAUGAAGUUAAGCAGCUGGCCCAUAACCUGAGACUGAUGCUCUCACCCAACUGUGCAACACGUUUGAAGGAAGGGUCGAAGCAGAAGUUGAGAGAUUUCACAUCAGUAGCAGACGUAUUAGGGUUGACGCACUUGAUAGUGUUAUCGCAGAGCUCGAAUGGCACGUAUCUGAAAAUAGCAAACCUUCCGCACGGACACACACUCACAUUCCUGGUCAAUAAGCUGUCACUGAUGUCAGACGUAUCAAAUCACCUGAACAAUCCGCACUCGUUUGAUUCGUCAAACAAUCCUCCGUUGCUGAUCCUGAAUGGAUUUGGAAGCAGUUUUUACAAGUCGAAGACCGAUGAUUCAGACGCGGAAAAUGGAUACUCAAAUGUAGAUAAGGCAAUGGGCUACGUAACUGACACUUUAAAUAAAAUGAUUGCGCCGCUCGACCUAACAACAACUAAGAUACAAAACUGUAAAAGAGCGAUAUUGUUUUAUAAAGAAAAGGAAACGAACCAUAUUAUGUUGAGACACUACUCAAUAAACUUGAUUGAUUGUAACACGUCAUCGCAAGUGAAGGAUCUGAUUAGUAGGAAAAGCAUUAAAAACUUAAUUAACAAGGAAACGGAUUUUGAAAACAUAGUUAACACGGAACAUAGAGAAGAUCAAGAUGAAAGUGGGAGAUCCGGCUUCAAUAGCGAUACGGACGAAGUGGUGGAGUUGGACAACAUGUUCCCACAAAACCUUAUCGCAAAAAACAAAUACGGAGUCGAGUUGGACCCUAGUGAAAUGGGAGAAACUACGAACAAAAUCGGAAUAAGACUCGUUGAGAUUGGACCAAGACUGUCGCUGACAUUGGUCAAAGUACAAGAUGAUACGUUUACAGGAUCAGUGAAGUACCACAAGUUUGUGAGUAAAUCACAGGAGGAGCUGGAAGAGAAUAAAAAGUUAGAACCCACAAUCAUAAAUAAAAGGAAGCUUGAGUCGGAACGCGUGUUAAAAAUAUAUCAAAAGUAUGCAAAGAAAUCUAAUAAGUCAAAUGAUGGUAAACUUGAAUCAAAGAAGGACAACGAUGAUAAUGGAGAUGACCAUGAUGGGCACGUUGAAGAAAUAGAACAAGUAUAA